AUGGUAUUAUAUAGCAUUGAACGCAUUCCACAAAAAAAGUAUAAUCAGCAGAUCCAAGAAAGCGAUCUUUCAUACACAUAUGUUGAUGCUCUGAUUCGGUCCUUAAUUGAAUGCCCUGAUGAUAAUAUUUUUUUAAUCUGGUCAAACUUGAAAGUACAAGAUGAUUGUGCAGAAAGACCAGAUAUCUCUGGGGUGGCUUUAGUAGAUACGCAAUUUAAAAACAUCAUUUGUGUGGGUGAGGUGAAAGGAGAAGACAAGAUCAGUGACAAUCAUGCCACAUUGUGCGACUUGAUCAAGAUAGGGUGCUUCAGCAAGGAGGCUAUCGAUACAUAUUCCAAUUAUGGGAUUCUUGGAAUCCAUGUUGUUGGUUUUCAGGUUACCAUUUAUGUAACAAUCUUACUUACUGAAGGCCUUUAUGUGAUGCAAGAAAUCUGUUCAAUAAGGUUACCAACAUCUAUAUAUGAUAUGAAGUCGUUUAUUGCCAACAUUGAUGAUCUGCUACCAAUUAAAACCGUGUACAAAAAAUGCAUGAAAAAUCAUGAAAAAGUACUCCGAUACAAAAAAAAAGGUGCUGCAUAUAAAGAAAUGCUUCAGUAUUAA